AUGGCCCUGAGUGGUUCCUGGUCAGAUCAGAACAGAGAAGAGAGAGCCACGAAGAGCCUGACGUUUCUUGCUGCCGAGGGCUUCGCUUAGAGUGACCCGAGCGCCAUGGAGAACCUUAGCUGUUUGUUGUUCAAUCUCUACCCGCUCCUCUUCAAUGCCUGCUACCUGCACGAGAAGGCCUUCCUCCUCCACGACCUGGUCCAAAUGCCUCUGCACGAGCUUAACCUGCAAAGGCUCCUGGGGAGGACGGUAGACUGCCAGGAGGAUCUCCUGCACCUGCCGGCAUCCUGCGUGCUGCGGCCAACCGAGACCCUCCGUAUGGUGGACCUGACUGGGCUGAAGAACACAGAGUACCAUACCUGCGCCUGUGGAUCCACUCUGGCUCGGUGGGCCCGCACCUGCAUGUGCUACGAAGUCAUGGUGGCCAUCCAGGCGGGCGACGCUGCACCCUCAGCCCUCGAGACCGAGGUGGACGUGCGCCUGAACGGCUUUGUCACCGGGCGGAACUACAAGGUGGUAGCCCAGGCCUUCCUGCUACUCCGUCACUGCCCCUUGAAGCUGCGCUUCGUCAGGUCCUGAGCCAACUCCCUGGUCCUGAAACAGCUGUUCUAUGUGCUGCGUGUGGCCCAACCGGAGGCCAUGAGGAGACUACAAAUGGUCUAUAAUGUUCACCAGGAGGCCCCGCACCUGGAGUUGCUGUUGUCCCGGAUAGAAUUCCCCCAGCUGCAGUCCCUGAUGCUGCCCGAGGUGAUGGACAUGCGAAGGUUGGGCUCGGAUGAAGAUGACCUGCUCGCGACCAUUGGCGAUCUGCUGAGCUGGCUGACUGAGCUGACAGAGCUCUACAUGGGCUUCUGCACCUUCAUCAGACACCUGCGAAGCCUGAUAAGCCCCCUGACCACCCCACUGAAAUGCCUGGAGCUGGCCAACUGUAACCUGAACUGUGUGGACAUGGCCUAUCUGACCAACAGCCUGCAAAGUGAGAACCUGGAUAAUGGUCACGACGUGUGCGGCCUCUUCCCCGCCACCCUCCACAGRCUCACCCUGGAGGAUGAACACAUGGACAUCCUGAAGAUACUGGGCAACCCUCUGAGUGCCACGGCCCUUCGCCGCCUCUUCUCGACUCGGUUCCCAGCCCUGAGGUAUUUGGAGCUGCCAGUGCCCCGGGACUGCUAACCUGAGGAUGUCACCUACCCCUUGGAUGAGACGGUCCUGCUGCAGUACAACAGGGAGAUGUUCCAGGGUCAACUGAUGGGGAUCCUUCAGGGGGUGGGGAACGUGGAGGUAGUCACCCCGUUGGGCACUUAUGACGCAGAUAUCAAUUAGACCAGUAAGGAACUGGGGGUGUCCAUGGUGAAAUCCUUCAACAGCGUCAUUGGAAACUUUGAUACCAUUUAGAUCGUGGACAACAGGAGAUCCAGAGGUAGAUUGAAGUUCAGGUAGAAUACCAUACCAGAGGGUGGGAAAGAGAGGGUUGAUAGAUCAAGGGUGUGUGCAAUACAAAGGGUUCAUCUUUCUCAAUCGUCUAUUGUGGCUUGCAACAUUUCAUUUCCACUUAUCCAAAGACGUCUAAGAAAUUAGUGCAAAUAAAAAGGAGACAACUUUAGCGUAUUGUGAUGCUUAAGGCCUUGAAAAACUUUGUUUUAUAUCCACCCAUAUGUACUGAUUCAUAAGUACUUGCAACAGAUUUUGACAAAUGUAUUGCUCCAUUAUCACAAGAUUUUUUAAACAUGCAACUGCCUUUCGAUUAUAGUUUAGUCAAUUGUUAUUUCCGCCUUCCAUUCAUGAAUGGCAGAGUAAUGCAUUCUAUAUACAUUUGAGAAUAGUACUACUUGUAUACCAAACAUGUAUUUACAUGUACUGUAUAUAUAUAUAUUCUGGUUUAGAUGUUUCCUUGUAUAUUAUGAAAAUGGAAUGAAAAUUCAAUUUUACAAAAGUGUAAAAUGUGGGAUUAAAGUGGAUUCAUUAUAAAUAA